GAGAGCUACCAAAGUUAAAACUCAACUAGAAACGAAGGACAAGCCAGGAAAGUUCUGUGUUGGACCCAGAGGCCUGAGAGAGUGUGGUUUUAUGGCUCAGCUGCACGUGACUAGAGUGAGGAGGGAGUUCAGAGAAGUGGUCAACAGUGAAGAGGCCCAGGCAUGUGCCAUCAAGGUGGAGAUUAUCAACGAUCAUGAUCUGACCAAGCUGCGAGGGUUUAUCACAGGACCUCCUGACACACCCUUCGAAGGUGGCAAGUUUAUACUCGAUAUCCAAAUACCCGAAAGUUACCCGUUUAAUCCGCCCAAGGUGAAAUUUGUGACCAAGAUCUGGCACCCUAACAUCAGCUCAGUGACGGGUGCUAUCUGUUUGGAUAUUCUCAAGGAUCAAUGGGCAGCUGCAAUGACUCUGAGAACAGUUCUGCUCUCUAUACAGGCCUUACUACAAGCAGCUGAGCCAGACGACCCUCAGGACGCAGUGGUAGCCAAACAGUACAAAGAGAGUCCUGACUUGUAUAAAAAAACAGCUAGACACUGGUCACAGAAAUAUGCAAAUGCUCCAGGUGAGAAAGACCUAUCUAUGGACCAAAGCGAAUUUGAUGAUAAAGUUAAACAGCUACUAGUAAUGGGAAUUGAUCAGGACCAAGCUAGAGCGGCGUUAUCCACUCAUGGUUGGGAUGUUGAACGAGCAAUAGACUCUAUUUUUAGCUAGAACUCACCCACACCGUUUUAUCUAGGUAAGGCACAAAGUGCUGUACAGAAGUAUGUACACUUUUGUGUGUUUCAGUGUUGAAUUUAUUGAAUAACAGUGUGUUUUGCAUUUUUCAA